CGUUCGCACGCCAACUCGACCUCCGCAUCACAUAUUGCUCUCCCCAUUGAUUCUUCUAUCUCACUGCUGUAUCAAUUCUUCUAUCAUCACACACAAUGUCGCCUAUUGCUCCUGGACAGCUCCCGGCUGAGCUCGUCAAUCUCCUCGCCCUACACUCAUCUUUUCUUACCGCCCUGUCGUUGCAUUACGCGCACAACGGUACUUCAACCCCUGCCGACCUUCGAGAUCUUACUGCAUCUACUACAUUGGUCUGGCGACAGCGCAAGGUCACAUACGAUGACAUUCGACUACUCAUCGGCGUCCUCGACUUCGGUCCCUCCGGGAAGGAUAACCCCUACUACCUGUCAGACUACGGACGCGGCAAGAUAUGCAUCGAGAUCAAGGAAAACAGCAUAAUGAUGAGCGGCAUGACACACAUGAACGAGGAGGGGCUACAAGACAUGUUCAAGGAGGGCUUGGACAGCCUUUGGUCGCAGUGGACGCUUUCCCAGAAGAUGGUUAGUCGACCCAUUGCGAUGCCAAAGCGAGGACGUGGACGGCCGAAGAAGGCCGACAUCAAGCAGACGCGCCUUGAGACCUUCCUGGACGAAACCUCCAUGUCCAAGUUUCUUUCACAGCUUCCUCUUGCCGAUAUUACCACUUGCGCAUCUCUUACCGCCCUUGCUCCGAUGCAAGAGAAAGGACGCAAAAGAUUGAGGGAAUUCAAGGAGAGCGUGCAGCAGGGCCGUGCGCAGAAGAAGACGAGGCAAUUUAGUGGUAAAGAGAACGAGCCAACUCCAUUACAGAAUCAACAGCCAGUCCAAGCCAAGAUCACCGAGUUCGCCGCCGUUCGCAAGACCAACCUCCUCGACCGCAUUCUCGCAAAGCAGGAAGCAGCAAAAGCCGGACCCGCCGCACCCUCACCCGCCGAGCUUCAGCGAAGAGCUGCUCUCCAACGCACCCCAGAGGUCCUCGGUGUUCUCUCUCUCCUAUGCGCCAACAGACCUGCAGUGCGCGUUUCUUUCUCUACGACAACCCUUCUGCAAUCAUUACAAGGGUCGAUCCGAUCCCCAAUUUCAAAAGAAGAGGCAAUGAAGUGCAUCGAGGUAUUGGCAAACGAGGUCGCUCCAGGUUACGUUUCGAUCGUCAGCAUAGGCAGUAUUUCUAGUGUUGUUGUCAAUCAGGCAAUGAGGCCUAUGGAUAUCAAGAGCAGACUUGUUACUCUAGGUGUUGCUUAAAGCCUCGAUUAUUUGUUUACGGUUAUUAUUUCUGGAUACGGUUCGAAUCUUAAUCCGCAUGGUCGGUACUUUCUUGCUUGUUGUUUGUUUACCUUCUCGGCGUUUGAAGCGUACGAGCCAGCUUUUCUAGAGCUUUUGCAUACUUAGCGCCCUUCAUCAAUUUAACAUUAUCUUCGAGUGCUACCCUCAUACUAAUUGUGACACUCACUGUCGCGCUUGAUGAAUGGAUUACAUUACAGCCGGCAUAAUACAAUAUCAUUUCGGCAGGUGGGCAAAGGGGGCAAUAGCUUAUGAGUACAUAAUGCGAUGCUGACAAGCAUCAUAGUUAAUCUUGUGUCGAGAACCCAUUGUAUCCCAUACUGUAGUUGCCUGAUGCAGCCCACCCACCGAGGUCAUAGAACCACUCCGGGCUUCUUGUAAAAUGAUAUCCAUGCCCAAUAUUCAUAUCCUGACCCUGCAUGUAAGCAUUAAGAUCCAA